AUGGCUGCAGCAAUGACGACGACGCCAGGCUCGAGGUUGUCGCUGGACCGCCUGCCUGAGGACAUUUUGUAUCUGAUCCUAGCAUAUCUGGACACAGCGCGGGAUAAUGCUAGGCUGAGCGCGACCUCUCGACGGCUGCACCGCUUCAUGCGCGUUCAGGGCUGGCGCGCCUUUGCGCUGCGGUGCUUCCCGGGGGUGGUGACCGCCUCUGUGCUAUUGGGCGGCAGCAGCCCUUCGGCUCUACGCUGGGAUCAGCUUUCGGACUCUCUGACGUGGCAGGCACGGGCCUGGGAUCGUCGGUCCCUGUCGUUCCAAGCGCUGCUACCACGCGAGGCAGUGCCGGCUAGGAGACCGCGUCGACAGGCAUCUUUCCGGCCGCCGCUGGUGGUGCACUUCCAGGCGGCCGGCGAGGGGACGCAGUCGAAGAGGCCGGGCAUCGACGGCGAGGAGAUGGUGCUAUGGGGUGCGGGAGAGGACAUUGUGGCGCGGUACAGGCGACGAGGAAGAUGGGAGGAAAGUGUUGGUGGCGACGAAAGGGACAACGAAGAAGACGACAAUGCAGACGAUCCGACGGCAGUGGCGCGAUGGCGUGUCUUUGACGGUAAGGCGGCGGGUUUCCGGCCUGGUUACGACGAUGUGCGCGGCCUCGCGGUUGUGCCGCAUGCCAUGGGCCGGCCGCAUCGUCGGGGCGUGCUGGUCGGCCGGGACAACGGGCACCUGGUGCUGCUAUCGGCCGAGGACCGGUCUGACGGAACCGGCAGUCGGAGCUCUGGCUUUGGCUUUGGCCGGACGCUGGCGCAAUUCUCUCCAGGCAAUGACAGCAGCAUUUUGCAGGAUCGGAUCUACUCGCUAGACGUGGCUUCAGCCGGCCGAGCCUUUGGAGGUCUGGACAAUCGGGGCGGCCUGGCGGCCGUCGCCACGACCUCGCACAUUGUCUUCUACGGGCUGCCGAGUGACGAUGGUGAAUAUGGAAGCAACGAGGACGACGACGGCAAACUGAAAGCGCCUCGACAGAUUUUCCCGACCGCCACCUUUGCCAUGGGUGACCGCGGCCUCGACAUCUACCAGCGGCGACGGCCGUACAGUGUUCGGUGGAUGGCAGCCGACGGUGUGGCGGCUGUCGGCCUGGGCUACAACGCCGACCAGCUCUGCUUCCUGGCGGCCACGCCGACAGGCCUUGCGCUGACGGCCGUCGCCAAGAGCCAGCCGUUCCAGCGCCGCUUCGGCCUCGAUGACAAGACCCUGCUGCUGCCCAGCUCGCUGCAGCCGAUCGAACCGUUGUCUGUGGCCGGCGGCGGCGGUAAUCUGCUGCUCAGUGCCUGGCGCGACGGGACAUGCAGACUUCUCGAUAUCCGGUCGCCGAGUCCAUGGGAUAUGGCCUACCAGGACAACCUAGCGCCGUCGCAGUGUUUCCAGUCAUUACUGGUAUGGGGCAGUGACCGGUUCGUGGCCGGUAGCCAGGAGUCAGCGGCGCUCAAGGUGUUUGACCUGCGGUGGCCUCGUCGCUACCACCACUCGGAAGCGCUGCCAUGCGGUAGCCGGAUGCCGUUCCCGGACCCGGAGCUGCAGCAACAACCACCGGCGGACGUGCAGACGGACUGGACAGUGCCAGACCACAGCUACGGCUGCACAGCGCCGAUUCCACGCUGCCGAGCACGUUGCGACCCCCUCACCGGCACCCUCUGCACGUGGCACGCAGGCUCGCGUCGGCUGGCCGCCAGACCCAACUGCAGCGUCUAUUUGCAGCGGUCGGCCGUCAGCCAGUACCCCGACAUUGGCGUCUGGUCGCUGGCGCGGGCCACCACGUCGACCGACGGCGACCUGGUACCAUCCAACUUUUAUGCCGGGCUCAACAGCUGCGUCGUCGAGGCCGUGCUGGCAGACGGCGGUGGCGAGAGCAUGAUGCGUGGCCGACGACAACGAUCUACGGCCCAUCUUCCGCUCGGCGACCCGCACUUUGCUUAUCCUGACGUCCUCUGCCAGCGGCCACUCUCGCUCGUGCCAGCCCCUCCACCCGAACUCGGCCCCGAAGCUGCUGCGGCUUGGCGCCGUCGUCAGGCUUUCCUUCAGCAUCGCCACCACUUUUAUCGCAUUGUCGACUUGCAGUGGCACCUGCACGAGAUUGGCGAUGGCCUUGCCGACCCUCAUAACGACCUUCGUCCUCGUCGUCUCGCUAUGAUGCGCCUUAGCAGGCCGUCGGGCCAUCGGCGCAUGCCACCCCCUCCGUCUGCUUCGGCUGCUGAGACCGACUGCGACAAGCCUGGAGCCGACCUGCUGGACCCCCAUCGCGUCCGGCCCCAGCUUCUCUCUGGUCGACAGCUCGAUGUCGACCCUGUCCUUCGCGCGCAGCACCGCCUCGACAACAGCCUGCAGGACCUGGCCGACUUUGCCGACUUCUACACGGCCAGCGACAAGUAG